CAAAAGGAACGUUUUAUGGUGGAACUGGAUAAAAGCUUUUCUCAAAAUUUUACAACUACGUCAACAAUGAGGCGUAUUUUACAUAUUAUUAUUUUUAAAUAUAUUUUACAUUGAGCUGAUUUUGCUGUGUCCGUAGGACUUUUGCCAUUUUCGCAGGAAAUACACCCAAGAGUGAGGACAGAAGAGACUCUUGAAGAGCCGCAGGUACACUUUCAAAAUGUUGGCAGUUGUGUAAGAGAAAAAGGCUUGAAUAAAGACAGGAGAUGGAAGUUGCAGAACACAAAGAUUUCAAAUUAAGGCAGCACCUGUUGCUUUGAAUCUACAGCAAGGACGCUGAAUAUCAUAUACCACUGAAACUCUGAAGCAGGUGCAGUCGAGAUGUCCACGGGUUCGGUGAGUGAUCCUGAAGAUCUCCAGGAGCUGUCAAUCACUCACAUGGACAUGCGUUCUCAAGAAGACUCAGAAGAUGAGUUUAGUAUCGAUGACAGUCUGAAAGCAAAGUCCAAACAACCUCGAGCUGCUGCCAACAACAACAAGCAACAAAUGAAGAUGGGGAAGGAUGGCAGACAGUCGCAGAGAAACGCAGCUAACGCCAGAGAGAGGGCACGCAUGAGGGUUCUGAGUAAAGCGUUCUCGCGGCUGAAGACCAGCCUGCCGUGGGUACCGGCAGACACCAAACUGUCAAAGCUGGACACGCUGCGUCUGGCAUCCAGCUACAUUUCUCACCUCAGACAGCUCUUGCAGGAGGACAGAUAUGAGAACAGCUUUGUGCAUCCUGUAAACUUGACCUGGCCUUUUGUGGUCUCAGCACGAUCAGAGGACACCAAAGACAUUUCAGCAGCGGUCAGACUAUGUGGAGCUACAGCAUAAACAUCUGGCACCUCUCUGUCUUUUAUCCCCCUCCAUCUCUCUCUCUCUCUCUUUUACUGUCUGUACUUAUGCACUUCCUUUGAACUUACAUCAAUGAACAUUAUGCAAUGAAUGCAACUGCAUGUGGACCUACAAGUUAAACACAAGUCAUUGCACACAAAUCUGUCUUUAUAUAGUCUGAUGUUUUUUAUGUUCAUUCUAGCAAACAAAAACAGGUAUUACUAUAUGUGUUGAAAUAUUUGAAAUGAUGUCUGUAUUUAGCUUAAAACCAGCUCUUGUGAAAAAAGAACAACUUGCAUGGUCAGGGAAGCAUCACUUUUAUUGUUUUAAGGCGCUUGUAAAUUUUCUAACCAUCCGACAGUCAUUUAAA